AUGCGCGACCACAAGCGACAAAGUGUCCUUGAGGGGCCUCAGGCUUCCGGAAUACCUGUCGCCGGCUCGAAGCUGCUCACUCUGCCAGACGAGCUCUUGCUCAACAUAGCUCUCAACAUUGACGGCAAGAACUGCGCAGAAGAGGUGGAGGCGAACAUCAAGGAUUGGAGGAUUCUCACUCUGAGGCGCAACCUCAGUCAAAAUCUCCGGAAUCUGUCUUUGACAUGCAGACGCCUCCGAAGCAUUGGCCAAGAGGGGUUAGUCAGGAAUAUUGCCGUCACCCACACCCGCCUUUGGAGACUCGUCCGAUUUUUGCUCCAGUAUCCCGAGCUCGCCAAAAUUGUCUCGCAUAUCCAGCUCAUAUCACCUUACCAAUUGGAUAACAGGAAACGGAAUCCUCCUCGGGAAGAAGUCAAGGCCUACUGCGCCAUCAUGGAUAAGACAUUGGACUCACCCUAUAGGGGCCGGUGGAAGGACGGAGUUCGAGAUUCAGAGGAUUUCCCUUCCGUGUCACUCUUGGCUUUCUUCGCCAUAUCCACGAAUCUAAACCAGAUAACCCUCGGCAUGCACACACUCCGCCAUGUGGCUGUCGCGAAGGCCAUCCUUAACUAUGUUGCACAUCCUCUGCCUAUGCGCUUUCCACGACGACCCGAGUGGUUGCUGUCUCUACUCCCACAGCUCCAAGAGAAGUUAGUCACCUUGGACAUUCAACAUGAUGGCUUCCAAGACCGAUGGCUGAUGCCGCUGCGAGGUCCCGAUCUGAGGCAUUUCAGGAACCUUACUCACCUUUCGGCGCCUUACUCGGUACUCGCUUAUGAGGUAUCUGACGGUCUCCGGGGCUCGCAGUUCUCCGAACCUCCAGCAGAACUCCCCCCGAGCCUAAGAUGUUUGAAACUGUACCUUGGAAAGUGCGAUACCAUUAACCAUGGCUGGCUGAACAAAAUCUUCCAAGCGUCCGACUACUUUACCAAUUUACGUCGCAUUCAGCCGUAUGCACAUGAGACUCUUAGAGCUGCCCUUCGCAGACGAGAAUUAUUCCCCGAGAAUGAAAACGAGCGGCUUCUCUCGUUCCUACAAGCCUGGGAUCGUUCUAAAAUCAGCUUUGAGGCCUUCUUUCUAACGUCUGAAGACUAUAAAGACCUCGCUGUGUCGAGUUACGAGGCGAGUUACGAACGGAAGGACUUCAGGGUGGAGCUUGGCAUGCAUCUGAAAGAAAAGGGACUCAUCCGUUAUUAA